CAGCCACGAGCCAGGACCUCUCCUCCGCCGAGCUGCUCCGCCGCUCCAUAGCCCGACCUCAGGCUCCUCUCGUCCAACUUUCACGCGCUCCCCCGCGCGUCGCUACGGCGCGCAACCACCCCGUACCCCGCUGAGCCCGCCGUCCAGCGAACUCGGCGCCCGUCGCGCCCAUGUGGUUUCUGCGAGUCGUGUCCUCGCUGCUCUUCCUCUUCGCCAUAAUCUUCACCAUCCCGCUCGCCUUCGAUGUCGGCGGUCGCACCUGCGGACUCGCUUUCUCCCUCUCCCUGUCCAGCUUCUACUUCUUCGACUCGGCCCUCCGCCUAGCAACCCCCGAAGAUUCCCGCUUCCGCGGCGCCCUAAUCAAGACCGUUGCUUUUUCGCAAUGGCUCGUUAUCCCCACGUUGCUGAUCUGGAGCUUGAACAAGUUCUCGGUGGAUUCGGACAACACCAGCGGCUGGGUGGAGAGGACCUUUGACGGGAAACGGGCUGAGUUUACGUCAAUCAGCGAUUGGCUGUUUGGCAGGGAGGGUCUGGCCGAGACACUGUCCAUUGGUGGAUGGGACAAGAUUCUGCGCUGGUCUACGCCUGUUUUCCAGGUUGGCGAAGGCUUCUGUAGCUUGCUUGUCAUUCAGGCUUUUGGCCAGAUCUCGCGAUGGCUAGUCAACAGGGAGAGAGGCGACAGCUGGAUGAUUGGUUUGCUCGUGGUUUCGGCCUCGACCAUUUCCAGCGCUGCCUAUUUCCUUUGGAGAAUCACGACGUUCCCUGAGGUCAGCAACGUGGACGCGAUCCUGAUCGGAUCAGCAAUCACCUGUGCUAUCUUCCUUUGCUCCUGGGGUAUCGGAAGCGGACGUGGAAAUCCCAUUGAAAGCUCCUUGCUUUUUGCCUACGUCACGCUCUGCAUCUACCAAAUAUUCACGGACUACCAGCCCUCGCAGCCCCUUGAGGCCGCUGAUCCCUUGGCUCAGCCAGCGCUACCGCCGCUUCCCCCCAUUCUCAUGGCGUCGUACACCACUCUGAUGCAUGCCCUCUCCACGCUUCCGACGACCAUUCAUUCGGCUUUCAGCUUCAUCGUUGCUGCAAUUAUGACCAUCACGCCCUCUGUCAUCAUAUCCCUCGCCUACCGCGUCUUCGUCAUGUAUGCCGCAGCGCGCAUUAUUCCCGCCGUUCGUGAAUCCGGUGCUCGCGCGCUCACGCAAGAUCCCAGUCUGGAUGACGAUGACGAGGCCGGCCGCGUGUUGGGAUUCCUUAGCUGGUUCUCCCCGAGCAUACUCAUCGCGGUUUACACGAGCCUGCUCAUGCAACAUUUCGCGAGCUCGAGCGUGAGCGGCGAUGCGGCUGGCGAGUGGUGGCGUAGUCAAGGCGGCGACGCUGGCGGGAAUCUGUGGAGAUGGAUCAAUUUGGCGGCAACAAUGGCAUUGUAUGCGGUCGAGCUUCAUCUGGGAAGAGCGGACGACGAUGGCAGACUGACAAGCCAUUGGAAGUCGGAUUGAGGCGACGUCUGAAAAAUUCUGGAAGAGAGGACUCGUUGGAAUUCGCGACAAGAGCGAUCCAAGGACUUGCUUGUUGGGCACGCAGGUUGGGCCCACACCCCUUUCUCCAUUGGAGUUCAUCAAACGCCCCGGCGCGGACUCUGGAUCUCGUUAUUGUGGAUACUAGGCCGCCGACCAAAUCACGAUCGAUUAUCUCGCACAUGCGGACAUAACAACCCCCCCUUCUACUUCGCCCCUCCACUCCACAGCACCGCCGACAUGUACA